AUGAAACUUGAGUUUCUCUCUCGGUUAAAACCCAAUCAACACCAGCCAUGGUCUAACACAAUCGAUAUUGGGGCUAUUCGAGACAAUGGCUUCAUCAAUUUGGAACAAUCUCUUCUACAUACUAUCAGUGUUGGAAAUUCUUACGAUCAAUCCAAGCAGGCGAUGAACACGAGGGAAGUUUGGAAAACCUACCAGUCGCAACGGACAAGCAAGUCAAUGGGUAGAUGUGCAAGGUACCUGCGUCGUCUUGUCUCUAGUAGUAAUUGCCGCAGCAUUGUCAUCGAAGAAAGAAACUGGGGAAAAAAUGUGGGGAAUACCGAUCAGACAGACGGCACCAAGCACGGGUCACGUGCCACUUUCGUUGGAAAUAGUGUUGUACCUGCCAUUGUAUCACAACAGGUAAAAUCAAAGGAGAAUUCUCCUCCAUACAUUUCUAGCCAUAAGAAGCGGAGACUCCAAGUUCCAGGCUGCAAGAAGAAGCUGGAUCAUGAAGAACCUAGGCAAGAACAUCCAAAUAGAUCAAAGAAAAGGCCGCAGAUUGGUUCUUUUCCCAUUACCACUGCAAGGCCACAUUAA